AAAUAAAAAGACAAAAUGGUGUUUGGUGAGUCACCUUCGCAUCUCUACUCUUCUUCUGUGUCGUGCGGAGUCCCCGAGAGAGCCAAUCCUUCAACAAUGGCGUCUGCUAAGCUCAACACUCUUUCUUCUCCUUGGAUCGGCCAACGCUCCGUCGCUCAGCGCCCUGCUUCUUCUCCUCCCCGUGUCUCCUUCGCGAUCCGCGCCUCCGCUUACACCGAUGAGCUCGUCAAAACUGCCAAAACGAUUGCUUCCCCUGGGCGAGGUAUCCUGGCUAUCGACGAGUCGAAUGCGACUUGCGGGAAGAGAUUAGCAUCCAUAGGAUUGGAGAAUACGGAGGCCAAUCGUCAAGCCUACCGACAGCUUUUGCUCACCACCCCAGGCCUCGGUGAAUUCAUCUCUGGUGCCAUUCUCUUCGAGGAGACUCUUUACCAGGCUACUAAAGAUGGCAAGAAGUUCGUAGAUUGUUUGCGUGAUCAGAACAUCGUGCCUGGCAUCAAAGUCGACAAGGGUCUCUCUCCCCUUCCUGGGUCAAACAAUGAGUCUUGGUGCCAAGGGUUGGAUGGAUUGGCAUCAAGGUCGGCUGAAUACUACAAGCAAGGCGCACGUUUUGCCAAGUGGAGAACGGUCGUCAGCAUUCCCUGUGGUCCUUCCGCGCUGGCUGUCAAGGAAGCUGCUUGGGGUCUUGCACGUUACGCAGCCAUUUCUCAGGACAAUGGCCUUGUACCCAUAGUGGAGCCGGAAAUCCUUCUGGACGGGGAUCACCCAAUUGAGAGGACACUUGAAGUGGCAGAGAAAGUGUGGUCAGAAGUCUUCUAUUACUUGGCAGAGAACAAUGUCAUGUUCGAGGGGAUUUUACUGAAGCCGAGCAUGGUGACCCCGGGUGCAGAACACAAGCAGAAGGCUUCACCUGAGACUAUUGCAAAGUUCACACUCACCAUGCUCAGAAGGAGAGUGCCUCCUGCCGUCCCUGGAAUCAUGUUUCUGUCUGGAGGGCAAUCAGAAAUGGAGGCAACGCUUAACCUAAACGCGAUGAACCAGGGGCCAAACCCAUGGCAUGUGUCAUUUUCGUAUGCGCGAGCACUUCAGAACACGGUGCUGAAGACAUGGCAAGGACGGGCAGAGAACGAGGAGGUAGCCCAGAAGGCAUUGCUGGUGAGGGCAAAAGCAAACUCACUAGCGCAGCUGGGUAAGUACUCUGGUGAGGGAGAGACUGACGAUGCCAAGAAAGGAAUGUUCGUCAAAGGCUACACCUACUGACAACCCUUAUAAUACUGUGUUCCUAUGGACGGAGUCCGAAUAAUGUUGUUGCAACCUUGCCUUUGUCUCUGUUUUGUUUUAAAUUUGAUGUUUUUACUUGGGGAUGGAGAAAUAUUCACAACGAUAUGGGAAAAUGUGCUCUGCUCCUUUUUUUGGGUUGGGAUUUUGAAGCUCUUCUUGUUAAAUUUGCCCACAAUGUGAUUUUUAAUA